CAGCACCGCCACGACCACCCCGAGCGCCCCGACCCCAAACCCGUCGGGCUCGUCGCGGUGCGGGAAGUGCGGGGAGUCCUUCCAGGGCGUGGAGAAGCUGGUGUUCCACAUGCGGGCGCAGCACUUCGUGUUCAUGUGCCCGCGCUGCGGGAAGCAGUUCAACCACAGCAGCAACCUCAACCGGCACAUGAACGUCCACCGCGGCGUCAAGUCCCACGGCUGCGGCGUCUGCGGCAAGAGCUUCACCCAGAAGUCCACCCUGCACGACCACCUGAACCUGCACAGCGGGGCCCGGCCCUACCGCUGCUCCUACUGCGACGUGCGCUUCGCCCACAAACCCGCCAUCCGCCGCCACCUCAAGGAGCAGCACGGCAAGACCACGGCCCAGAACGUCCUGGAGGCCGUGGCCGCCGAGGGAGGGGGGGUCCUGCUGCGCUGACC